AGUUAAAAAGUUUACCGAACGUGUUGCAUACUAUACUUUUUCUACGACCGUUAGUUUUUGGGUCGAUUUUCGCAAAACAACACGAAUACAUCCGAUUGCUCCCAAAUCCGUGCGGUAAAAUCCCGGAAAUGUCCGAAGUGGCUCGCAUUCAUGGGAAACGAAACUGACGUGGUAAAGUGACGCUUCCCGCACGCUAAAUCGGUGAUUAAUAACACAUGGAAGUAUGAAUAAAAAGAAGAAAGAUAAGGUUAGGAUUCGUUAACCUAUCACUUUAUUAGUAGUUUGUUUAAUUUGAUUUUUUAAUUGAAUUUUAGAGAUGAAGUUCUUUUAUAAAUUUAGCAACUUAUUAGGAACUGUAUAUAAGGAAGGGAAUGUUCUCUUUACUGGUGAUAGUAAUACGCUUCUUAGUACAGUUGGGAACCGCGUGAGCAUGUUCGACUUGCGAAAUAACAAUGCAGCUACGCUCCCAAUAGAAAGCCGAACAAAUUAUACAUGUAUGGAUUUGAGCCCUAAUGGCCAUAUUUUAAUUGCUAUUAAUGAAGAGGGUGACGCUCAUAUGAUAAGUUUGAUUUCUCAAACAGUUAUACAUAAAUAUCGCUUUAAAAGUCGAUGUCAGACAGUAAAAUUUAGCCCUGAUGGCAAGCAUUUCGCAGUAUGUAAGGGCAAUACAGCAUUUGUUUUCAAAGCUCCAGGGCCAUUCAGUGGUCAAUAUAACUCUUUUGUCAUGGAGAAAGUUUUUCACAGUGCUUACGAUGAGACCACAUGCUUGGAUUGGUCCUCGGAUUCCAAAAUAUUGGCUGUAGGUUCUAAAGAUAUGUCCACCAAAUUGUACCCUAUGGAGAAGUGCAAAAAUUUUCGUAUUACUUCUCUGGGAAAUCACACUGCUGAAAUUGUUGGGUGCUUUUUUGAAAAAUAUGGUUAUGAUAUGGUCACAGUCUCUAAAAAUGGACAAGCUUGUAUAUGGGAAUGUACCAUUGAGGCUGCAGAUUGGCAACCUUUGGAUGAAGAAAAUCCACCGACAAAAAAGAAGAAAUCCCCUAAUGAGCUGGAAGAAGAUGAAGUGGACACUACCAAAAGCUUAGAAAAUAUGGAUGAAACAGUAGAUGCUCUUAGUAAAGUCAGUAUGGAGGAAGACACUAGCAAAGAUGUCAGCAAAUUGUUCUACAAGAGGCUUGCUAGACAUUACCUCUCAGACGAAAUAAGGAAGGAUAACAAGGAAGCCUUCUUAACUUCAGUUUCCUACCAUAAACAAUUAAAAAUACUAGUUACCGGUUAUUCUGUUGGGGCAUUUUUUAUAUAUGAAGUGCCAGACAUGACCACCAUCCACUCACUAAGGAUAUCUGAAAAUAAGAUUUCCUCAAUUUCUUUAGAUAACACAGGUCAAUGGAUUGCAUUGGCCUGCGGAGGGGUGGGGCAACUGUUAGUGUGGGAAUGGCAGAGCGAAACUUAUGUCAUGAAACAGCAGGGUCAUUCCAACAACAUGGUCUGCGUUUCAUAUUCCAGCGAUGGCCAAAUAUUGGCUACUGGAGGGGAUGACGGUAAAGUUAAGCUUUGGAAUGUUCAGUCUGGAUUUUGCUUUGUUACGUUCAGCGAGCAUAGCAGCGCCGUCACUGCCACAGCAUUUAACAGUAGCAAAAAAUUUGUUGUCUCUGCUUCCCUUGAUGGUACAGUUCGGGCUUAUGAUGUUAUAAGAUAUAGAAAUUUUCGCACAUUCACAUCACCCAGACCUGUACAAUUUGCUUGUGUCGCUGUAGAUAGUAGUGGCGAGUUUGUGGCGGCUGGGGGACAAGAUGUUUUUGAAAUUUACCUCUGGUCUGUGAAAACUGGCAGACUUCUGGAAAUCUUGGCCGGGCAUGAGGGGCCUGUAGCGAGUUUGACUUUUAGCCCGGGCAUUGGAAACACUACUUUAGUGUCAGUAUCAUGGGACAAAUCACUUCGAAUUUGGGACGCUAUAGAGAAAGGAUCUGCCCAUGAAACCAUCGAUCUAUUGUCAGAUGGAUUAUGCAUAGCGUUUAAACCAGAUGGUCAAGAGGUUGCAGUUGCCACCUUAGACGGGCAAAUUUCUGUGUUUCAUGUAAAAACCGCCCAGCAGAUUUACAAUAUAGAAGGCCGAAAAGAUUUGGGAAGCGGCAGAUCUGAUAAUGAUUUGAUAACGGCUAAGAAAAGUCUAGAAGCUAAGGCAUUUACGAGUCUGUGCUAUUCCGCGGAUGGAGAGUAUCUGCUCGCUGGAGGUAUGUCCAAAAACGUUUGCAUUUAUAAUGUAAAAGAGGCUUUGUUGGUAAAAAAAUUUGAGAUUACCCAGAAUCGAUCCUUGGACGCAGUGGAUGAUUUCAUCAAUAGAAGGAAACUAACGGAGUUCGGGAAUUUAGCGUUGAUUGAGCAACGGGAAGAACGGGAGGGCGGUAACGUUGCUUUAAAAUUACCGGGAGUGAGGAAGGGAGACAUGGCAAGCAGAGCUUUUAAGCCAGAGAUUAGAGUAUUCUCCUUGCAAUUUUCCCCCACUGGCGAACAAUGGGUGGCGGCCACAACCGAAGGUCUUUUGAUAUACUCAAUAUCUUCUGGUAUUGUGUUUGAUCCAUGGGAUCUUCAAAUCAAUAUCACUCCUAGCACCAUAAGGCAGGCUAUCAAAGAUGAAGACUUUGUCAAUGCUCUGACAAUGGCGCUUAAGAUAAAUGAAGCCCACUUGAUACAAGAGGUGAUAGAGACUGUACCGUAUAAAGACGUGGAGUUAAUUGUCUCCGGUCUCGGCGAGAGAUGCGUAAAAAAAUUGCUUUUAAUUAUUGCCAGUGGACUGGAUAAUUCCAGACAUUUGGAAUUCUAUUUAAAUUGGGCCACUCACAUCUUGACAUGUUACGGGCCAAGAAUUAAGGGGCAGAAUAUUCCAGCCUUGAUAAGUUUGGAGAAGAGUUUAAUCAGAAGGCAUGAGCAGUUGUCAAAUAUUUGUGAUUUUAAUAAAUACACACUGCAGUAUGUAGCCACGUUAGGCAAGUUGUCAUUGAGUCAAGAAGUAAAGGAAGAAAAAAUGGAGGAAGACAGUGAGGACGCAGACAGCAUAGAAGAAAUAAUCAUUAGCAGUGAUGAUGAACUUUAAUAAAGA